UAUAUAUAGAGUUUUGGUGGCGUGGAAUGAGUAUCAUCGUGUUGCAAGAUGGCGAUCCGCGUGGUAACAGCGGUUGGUGUGGUUUUGGCCGCCAUUUUGUUAGGAGCAGUGUGUGCUGAAGAUUUGCAACAGUUUGAGUUGGUACGUGGUGAUGAUGGAACGCCAUUGUUGAUGAGACAGAGGAGGCAGGCUGAGGAUGGGGAACCGAAUGUGGUUACGUGUGUUACCACGUGUCCUGUUACUCCUGGACCAAGUACGGAGGAACCUGGAACUGAUGGGCCUGUAGUUACUGAUGAACCUGUUGUUACUGAUGAACCUGUUGUGACAGACGAACCUGUGGUUACGGAUGAACCUAAUAGUACAGAGGAACCUAAUAGUACAGAAGAUCCUGAUAGUCAGAGGAACCUAAUAGUACUGAGGGACCUAAUAGUUCCGAGGAACCCAAUAGCACAGAGGAACCUAAUAGUUCAGAAGAUCCUGAUAGUACAGAGGAACCUGUUGUUACAGAGGAGCCUGUUACUGAUGAACCUGUGGUAACUGAAGAACCUGUUGUUACUGAUGAACCUGUAGAAACAGAGGAGCCUGCUGUCACUGAGGAACCUGUGGUUACAGAGGAACCUGUUACUGGUGAACCUUCAGUAACCGAUGAACCUGUAGUCACUGACGAACCAGCUGUUACAGAUGAGCCUGUAGAAACCGAAGAACCUGUUGUAACUGAAGAACCCAAUGUUACUGAUGAACCAGCAGUAACCGAAGAACCUAUUGGUACUGACCCAUCAGUAACCACCUCCCCAAACCCUUCCUGCAUUUGCAACACAGCCGAAUACAACCAACGCCUCACAUUCCUCUACAUCCUCCUCCAGAACUUCGACCAACGCACGUCCCAAGUCUUCACCACAACAAUCUACUACGCCCUGAACUACAACAACAACGAUGAACUCUCCAUCAGCAUCCGGGUGAUCCUCGGUCUGCAAGAGGGCAACCUCAUGAUGUCCAUCAGCUACUUCCAAGAGCAAAUUUCCGCAUUACUAGUACGCCACACAAGAAUAACAGUGGCAUUGAAGCACAUUUUCCAAGGUACCUCAUCAACCUCCAAGGGUAUCACCCUGUUAAACUCCCGCUUCCCACCAAGCAGGAAGAUAAACCACAACAACGCUAUCCUCAUUGUGAUCUCCGCCAUGUUGCGCAUUAACCCUGCUGUUACCAAUCAAGCAGAUGAUCAAUUCUUGCAAUUGGUGUUCAGUCAAAUGUCCCAGACAACAGAAACAGCGUUCUUCUUCAGUAUUACCACGAUUGUCUGGAGUUUAGAUGAAGGGAUUGAUAAUUCUGUUGCUGGGGGACAAAUCUACUACCACCUGCAACAAUCCACGGUGUUGGUGAUCUUCGGAAGGGAGGUGACCUUGAAUGAGGUGACCAAGGACUGCGAUGACAGCGAGGAUGAAUCAGAUGCCAGUGACUUGGAGAAUUCUGAUGAGGAUAAGGAGAAUGAUUCAAAUGAAGGUGGAGAGCAUGGUGAUAAGGAUGAUAGUGAUGGUAGUGAUAGCAGUGAUAGUAGCGACAGCAGUGAUUCAAAGGAAAAAGGUUCUAAGGAAAAGGGUUCCAAGGAAAAAGGGUCAAAGGAAAAAGGUCACAAAGGUGGUAAAGGUAAAGAAAAGUCAAAAUCAGCUGUCCAGAAAUCAAAAUCCUCUUCCCCAGCCUCCAAAGCGAAGCACCCAACCUCAAAUAAAAGCCAUUCUAAGUCCAAGCCACAAACCAAGUCAAAAACCCAAAAAUCCAAGGCCAAAUCAAAGUCAAAACCUUCCAAAGCCCACAACAAGUCUAAAACCCACCAAAAAUCCAAACCCAAACCUUCAAAAGCCCAACAAAAACAUAAAACAACCCACAACAAACAUGCAUAACCUAAAAAUCCAACAAACACGAUGAUACAACCCUGGCUAUGUCCCCAAACUCAAUCUACGGAUGCCUACACACUAAAAUCUUAAGAAUAAAAAUCGGAUGUGUUUUUUAA